AUGAAGAAGCUUUCGUUUGAUUUAAACCUCAACACAGCUCAACGGACAUGUGUUGUUCGCUUGGUUGAAGCACCAAAGAGAAAUUUGAGAGCAAAAGAUUUUCCGCGAAAAUUUCACUUAUCUAAAUAUUUACAAAAGAAAGAGAGACCGAAUUGGUUUCGAAAUAAUGUGGCAAUGUAUGAGGAAAUUCCAGAUGCAACGCAUGAGCUUGGUGUCAUAAUUUGA